GUAUCUAACCAAUUACUCUCCUAAUGUUUCACAUCAGAAUAGUGCUAGUUGAUGAAAGUUACUUCGGGAUCAAGAAAGGUAAAGUCAAAUUUAUUUGGGUUAUUCGCUCAAUUCCAAUCGAAUGCACUGGAUCUAGUAUAGUAUGAAUUGGCGAUCAGAACAUAUAUGGAUAGAACUUAUAACGGGGUCUCGAAAAACGAGUAAUUUUUGCUGGGCCUGUAUCCUUUUUUUAGGUUCACUAGGAUUCUUAGUGGUUGGAACUUCCAGUUAUCUUGGUAGGAAUUUGAUACCCGUAUUUACAUCUCAGCAAAUCAUUUUUUUUCCACAAGGGAUCGUGAUGUCUUUCUACGGGAUCGCGGGUCUAUUCAUUAGCUCGUAUUUGUGGUGCACAAUUUCGUGGAAUGUAGGUAGCGGUUAUGACCGAUUCGAUAGAAAAGAAGGAAUAGUGUGUAUUUUUCGCUGGGGAUUUCCUGGAAUAAAUCGUCGCAUCUUCCUUCGCUUCUUUAUGAGAGAUAUCCAAUCAAUCAGAAUAGAGGUUAAAGAGGGUCUUUAUACUCGUCGUGUCCUUUAUAUGGAAAUCAGAGGCCAAGGAGCCAUUCCCUUGACUCGUACUGAUGAGAAUUUUACUCCACGAGAAAUUGAACAAAAAGCUGCCGAAUUGGCCUAUUUCUUGCGCGUACCAAUUGAAGUAUUUUGAAACGAACUGAAGUGAAGAAUAAAAUGAAGAAUAAAUAUUUUCUCAAGAUGGGGGAAGGAACUUGCUAAUUCCUCUUUUAAUACAACUGAAGUUUCUUCAUUCUUUUAUACUAGAAAAAGGUCUAAUCUAACUAACGAAUCUAAUCUAAUAAGUAUAGAUAUAAAUUCAUCAAACCUAUCCGAACAUGUAUUUCGUAAUACAGAAUUCAUCUUUUUAGGCCCAAGAUUUGGAAUUGAUACCCUUUUCUGGUUAGACGGUGAAACAUUUCGAAAGAAUUAAUUGAUCCAGGGGGAGUUUUUUCGUCUCGAAACUCGAUUCGUUACUUCAAGUGGGUUUUCGAGUAUUCAUCGAAAGGAACAAAUGAAAAUAAAAUUGGUUCAAAUUUGCCCAAUUGAGAUAUCUGGAAUAAUAUUUAUUUCUUUUUUUCUCAUUUUCAUCCGAAAAGAACUCUUAUUCUAUGUCUAUAUUCCUUCUAAAUCAAAAAAAAAAUAAAAUUAUUACACAAUAAUAGGAAAGGAAUAGACCCAUAGGUCAAUACCUUGUUAUACAACUCGUGCUUCAAAGAAAUAUCAGAUCAGAUAGAGUCAACGAAUGAAGCAGGUUCAUUAACAAUUCAAUUCACAGAAAAAAAAAAAUGAAAAAAAAGAAAGCAUCGGCCUCCCUCCCAUAUCUCGCAUCUAUAGUAUUUUUGCCCUGGUGGGUCUCUUUCUCAUUUAAUAAAUGUCUGGAACCUUGGGUUACUAAUUGGUGGAAUACCAGGCAAUCCGAAAAUUUUUUGAAUCAUAUUCAAGAGAAAAACGUUCUGGAAAGAUUCAUAGAAUUAGAAGAACUAUUCCUAUUGGACGAAAUGAUAAAGGAGUACCCGGAAACGCAUAUACAAAAACUUCAUAUAGAAAUACACAAGGAAACAAUACAAUUAGUCAAAGCACACAAUGAAUAUGAUCUCCAUAUCAUUUUGCAUUUCUCGACAAAUAUAAUCUGUUUCGCUAUUCUAAGUGGUUAUUUUAUUCUGAGUAAUGAAGAACUCGUCAUUCUUAAUUCUUGGGUUCAGGAAUUCCUCUAUAACUUAAGUGACACAAUAAAAGCUUUUUCUAUUCUUUUAGUUACUGAUUUAUGGAUCGGAUUUCACUCGACCCAUGGUUGGGAACUAAUGAUUGGUUCGGUCUACAACGAUUUUGGAUUGGAUCAUAACGAUCAAAUUAUAUCUGGUCUUGUUUCCACUUUUCCAGUUAUUCUAGAUACAAUUGUGAAAUAUUGGAUCUUCCUUUUUUUAAAUCGUGUAUCUCCUUCGCUUGUAGUAAUUUAUCAUUCAAUGAAUGAAUAAAGAACUCAUUUGAUCUUAUUAUAUCAAUCAAAUCAGAAUCUUUCUUCGUGUAUAAAGAAAGUAUUUUCAAUUUGACUUAAUUCUUUAUACUUUUAUCUGUUCAAGGUAUUCGUCCUAUAUUCCAGUACAAUUAUUCCAGUACAAUGACAGACUCGUGUAUAGGGAACUAUACUAGCUACCUAUCUAAUUUAUUGUAGAAAUUCGGGGAUCAAUGAUUGGACAUGCAAAAUAAAAAUACUUUUUCUUGGGUAAAGGAAGAGAUGACUCGAUCCAUUUCUGUAUCGAUCAUGAUAUAUGUAAUAACUCGGGCAUCUAUUUCAAAUGCAUAUCCCAUUUUUGCGCAGCAGGGUUAUGAAAACCCGCGAGAAGCAACGGGACGAAUUGUAUGUGCCAAUUGCCAUUUAGCUAAUAAACCCGUGGAUAUUGAAGUUCCGCAAGCUGUGCUUCCUGAUACUGUAUUUGAAGCAGUUGUUCGAAUCCCUUAUGAUAAGCAACUGAAACAAGUUCUUGCUAAUGGUAAAAAGGGGACUUUGAAUGUGGGGGCUGUUCUCAUUUUACCCGACGGAUUCGAAUUAGCCCCCCUUGAUCGUAUUUCUCCUGAGUUGAAAGAAAAGAUAGGAAAUCUGUCUUUUCAGAGUUAUCGUCCCAACAAAAGAAAUAUUAUUGUGAUAGGUCCUGUUCCCGGUCAGAAAUAUAGUGAAAUCGUCUUUCCCAUUCUUUCCCCCGACCCUGCUACGAAGAAAGACGUUCACUUCUUAAAAUAUCCCAUAUACGUAGGUGGGAACAGAGGAAGGGGUCAGAUUUAUCCUGAUGGUAGCAAAAGUAACAAUACAGUCUAUAAUGCUACAUCAGCAGGUAUAGUAAGCAGAAUAGUACGUAAAGAAAAAGGGGGAUAUGAAAUAACCAUAGUUGAUGCAUCGGAUGGACAUCAAGUGGUUGAUAUUAUACCUCCAGGACCAGAACUUCUUGUUUCAGAGGGUGAAUCCAUCAAGCUUGAUCAACCAUUAACAAGCAAUCCCAAUGUGGGAGGCUUUGGUCAGGGAGAUGCAGAAAUAGUGCUUCAAGACCCAUUACGGGUCCAAGGUCUUUUGUUCUUCUUGGCAUCUGUUAUUUUGGCACAAGUUUUUUUGGUUCUUAAAAAGAAACAGUUUGAAAAGGUUCAAUUGUACGAAAUGAAUUUCUAGGUGCAGAGAUUCCUUAACAUCAAGUUGGUAAAAAGCGCCGAAUUUUUUUUGAUCCAUACAAUUAUGUAUGAUCAAAAAAUCUGUAAACCUUUUUGGUUGCUUUGUUUAUACUUUUUUUUCGUUUUGCGGGAUGUCUGGAAUUCAUUACUUGUAUCCUAUUCUUAGUAAUAGACAAUAGACAUACAAAGAAAGAGAAUACAGAGCAAGGAUGGGAAAAAUGAAAGAAAGAAAUCCUUUUAGGAGGGAUUACUAGUCUUACGAGUCUUCUAUUCGACACAAGAAAAGGGCGGAAAAUCCUUUUUCUUGUGUCGUCUUAUAUCGAAAUAAUAAUGAUUUUUUCUCCUGUUCGUCAAAGAUUACCAUUCCUUCUUUUCCGGGUCCACCAGAACUCUUUUGGUUAGAUUCAUAGGAAGUUGUGGACAAACAAAAAGAGAGAAAGGAUUAGGGGAAUAAUUGAUUGAGCAAAUAGAACUUCUUCAAUUAACUUAAACUUUUAACUUAGAGAAAUUAUUCAAGAGAAAUUAUUCAAACAAAUUAUAUUAUAGAGUUUUAUAGAGUAAGUUCUAUAGAGUAAGUUCUAUUAGUAGUUUAGUAUAUUAUUUGCAGGAUGUCUCAUGCGUAGAAAUCUAUAUAAUAUUGUAUUAUUCAGAAAAUCCAUUGAUUACUCUUUUCUUGUUUCUUCAUAAGAGUUAAUAUUAUGGAGGAAAGGAAGAACAGAGACUAUGAAUCAAUCAAUAGAUUCAAUUCUUCAAAAACAUUAUUAAGAAACAAAAGAAUAGAGUGGUUUGAAACAUCAGAGCAAAGGAUCCGUUUUGUCAUUUCAUUUCUACGAAUAUAAUAUUUUGAUUAUGUUGACUGGCCAAUUUGUAUGUUAUGGAAUAGAUCAUAAUCUUCCUAUAAGAGUAAGAAAAGAACUCAACGGGACCUUAUCGCUCUAAUUAGACAAAGGAGGGUAAGGUCCCGUUGAGUUCUUUUCUUACUCUUUCAUGUCUACAAUCCGGUUUAUCCGAUUACUAGAGAGAUGAACCCAACCCAGAAUAUGAACCGUAAAAGAAAACACCUAUUAAACCGAUCACAGGAAUACCAGUUACAGUACCAACCAGCCAAAGAGGAAUCCUUCCAGUAGUAUCGGCCAUUUCCCCUACUUUCCUCCACAUUUUCUCAAAUGGUCGUGCUAGAGACAAAAACAGUCAUGGAUAAUUAUGAGGAUGGUAUCUUUCCGAAUGGGAUAAGAGAAUUCCUACUAUUCUCUUUCUUUCUUUCAAUUGAAGAAAUAAUUGGAAAAUAAAACAGCAAGUACAAAAAUGAGUAAUAAACCCCAGUAUAGACUGGUACGAUUCAAUUCAACAUUUUGUUCAUUCGGGUUUGAUUGUGUCAUAGCUCUAUAAUUCAAAUUAGGUUUAUCGUUGGAUGAACUGCAUUGCUGAUAUUGACCCCAAAAAAGAAACGGUAGGUACAGCUAGUCCGUGAACAGCCAACCAUCGCACUGUAAAAAUUGGAUAGGUUCGAUCUAUGGUCAUUGGGGGCCUCCUAAAAGGAUUUACUAAAUUCAUCAAGUUGUUCCAAAGAAUCAAAACGGCCGGUUAUCAAUGGAAUACCUUGUCGGCUCUCUGUGAAAUACUCGUUUGGCCGAGGACUUCCAAACACGUCGUAAGCUAAACCCGUACUGACGAAUAACCAACCCGCAAUGAAUAGGGAAGGUAUAGUAAUGCUAUGAAUGACCCAGUAUCGAAUACUGGUAAUAAUAUCAGCAAAAGAACGUUCUCCCGUGCUUCCAGACAUUCUGAGCUCCACAAAUUUUUGUACAUUCAAAAAAGGAAUCGAUUCCUUGAAAGAUGGGAUCAGUAAAUGGAAAACUACUGAUAUUGCAUCUUUGUGAGAUCGUCAAUUUUGUACCAAAGGUUUAUUUCAAGUAUACCGAAUCAGUAUAGCUAUCCUUCCUCUGGCACAGCAACGCAGUCUCGAUCGGUACCGAAAUGCUACAUAAUUCUUUUCUUCUUUUUUUGUUCCUUGUCUAUGCAUAACUCUAUGUUAUUCAAUAGAUCAAUAGAAAAUUACUCAAAUUCCUUAUAAGAUUUCCAUUAUUGGAUUCAUAAUAGAAAGUAAAGAUCUUGGAAAAGCGUGAAUCGAUGGUUUCUAAUAAUUUAUGAAGCAUAUUAUAAUAUUCACACAAUUCAAUUAUAUGUAUGCGAAAUCUAUAAUAAACCCAUUUUUUGGUUAAAAGUUUUUUUGUUCAAAUCUUUUUAUUUCAAGUAAUUGGUUGGUCGUAUAAUACAAUAAAUAUACUGUAAUACAAAAUACAAUAGUAUAUACUAUAUUAGUGAAAGAAACAGAACAUGAAAGAAACAGAACCCAGUUGGAACAAUCCAUAUUCGUGAUGCAACCGUUAUUGUAUUAGAUCCAAAACAAAGGUUCUUUCUUGACCAAAACUAGAAGUAUGGAACUCCAUGAUAUGGAAAGACAGAAUAUAGAAUCUAAAAGGAUAAUGGAAGUUGUUCGUCUUUGAAUCGAGUUGGACCUGAAAAAAAGAAUAAAAAUAUAAAAAUGAAAAAUAGAGUAAAGGUUUUAUUUUUUUCGAUAGAUCGUGGGACACCUUUUUCUUUUCAUUCGAAAUAUUAUGUUAUGGGCAAUUAAGCAACCUAUUACUGUACUGAGUCCAAUGAGUUAAAAUAAAUAAAAGGUAAAUAGUAUCAGGCCGUUCGUUCCAAAAAGGAUUAGAUCCUAUUGAAAUAGAAAGGAAAUGAUUAAAAUGGAAUUUUCAAAUCCAAUUCUUUUAUUCCAAAA